CUCUCUCUCUCUCUCUCUCUCGUGGCCAAGAUGAAUGCUAUAAUGGAUGCCAUGCAGGGUUUUGGGGUGAGCACCACCCACUACCUGCAGACCAACUAUCAGGAUGCCCAGGGCUUGUUUCUCUGGGUCUCCUGGGCGGCAGACCUCAGGAACACCUUCUUCAUCUUCUUCCCGCUGUGGAUCCACCUGCGGGCUUCAGUGGGCAUCAAGCUCAUCUGGGUGGCUGUGAUUGGAGACUGGCUUAACUUGGUGUUCAAAUGGAUUCUGUUUGGGGAGAGGCCUUACUGGUGGGUCCAUGAGACGGCUUAUUAUGCAAAUAGUGAUCGUCCUCACAUCGAGCAGUACCCCAUGACCUGCGAGACUGGGCCAGGCAGCCCCUCAGGUCAUGCGAUGGGAGCCGCAGGCGUCUACUACACCCUGGUGACCUCCAUCCUCGCCAUCGUGGCCAGCAAGAAGAAAUAUGGAAGCAAGAAAUCCACCAACGAGCACUGGUAUCUGAAGGCUGCUUUGUGGACGCUGUUUUGUGGAGUCCAGGUGUGUGUGUGUCUUUCCAGGGUCUUCAUCGCUGCCCACUUCCCCCACCAGGUCGUUGCAGGUGUUAUCACAGGUAUGAUUGUGGCUGAAGCCUUCAACAGAACUCAGUGGAUCUACAGCGCCAGCAUGAAGAAAUACUUCUACACCACCUUCUUCCUGACCUCCUUCGCUGUCGGCUUCUACGUCCUGCUCAAAGCCCUGGGCGUAGACCUGCUGUGGACCAUGGAGAAAGCCCAGAAGUGGUGCGUGAAGCCCGAGUGGGUCCACCUGGACACCACGCCCUUCGCCAGCCUCCUGCGCAAUAUGGGCACCCUAUUCGGCCUGGGCCUGGGCCUGCACUCGCCGCUGUACACCGAGACCAAGAAGAGCAGCAGCACGUUGGUCAAAGCAUGCUGCGUGGUCAGCUCUCUGGUCCUGCUGCACCUGUUUGACUCCUUCAAGCCUCCCACGCACACGGCCGCCUUGUUCUACCUGCUGUCCUUCUGCAAGAGCGCCACCGUUCCUCUGGUCACCGUCAGCAUCAUCCCGUACUGCGUGAACGGAGCUCUGAGCCGGCCCAACAAAAAGGGAGUGUGAGCGAUGAACUCAGGUCUCGCAGUGAGACGUCUUCCGGAUCAAAAACAAACUUUCCUCUGGUGCUCAUUGUGUUCGUAUGUCCAGUCGAUCCUCAGGAAAAAAGAAAAAAGCCUACGAGAUCAAUGGGAAAUUGUCACUGGUGUCAUUUGUAGGCUGGACUCUGUGAGCUGUGUGACACUGUGUGAAGGCACCAUCCAGGAUGUUGAGUCAAAGACCAGUUCUCAGUUCAGCAAAAUAUUAUCUGUACAAUUACUUUGAGUCCUGGAAAAGGACAAACGAUGAACAUUUGUCUGCGGCGAGUGACAGUGACAGUCACUUGUCGCUUUGAUGCGCUAUGUCAGCUUUAAUGUAUUUUAAAUGUUGUAGAAAGUAUUUUUGAAAAGUGUGUUGAAUAUUUUUAAUAAAAAAGAUCUUGAAAAUGUA